GGAGAGGGCAAUAAUUUCAUUCCGCCCACGGAUUUCUGCGGGGUUUCCAAUUCGUUCAUGCGAAUGCGAUUGGUGCAGAUGUGCGUCGGCGGGGAACCUUAACGGACAUACUAUGCUUUUUUUAUUCGGUUCUAGAGCUCGGAGAGCAUACUCCUGAUCGCCGAUCGCCUUCUGUGCGCAUGGUUGGCUGGGUUAGCCAAAGUGGGCUCCUCCUUCUCUAAAGUUUUCCAAUCCCACCCCAAACUGGCAUUACGACAGCCCUGAGAGCCAAAGCCCUUGCUGUCUCGGCUAAGUACGGUCCAUAGGUAGGAGAAGUCUUGGGAGUGGAGCGCACACAUAGUUACAUUGUGUGGUUAUGCCAACAUGAAUAAUGAUGUAUAUCAAUAUUUUCUGGGGAUGCCAGACUGGUCAAUCCCAGAAGCUGAGAGUAGAGCUAUAAGCACUGACAGUCCCCGCUGCACAACUUUCUCCUGUACUUCCCCACAGAUAUUUUCCCCACUUUUUCCAUUUCGCACUGUAUUUUUGAAGUGGACUGUCCAUACUGCCAAUUUUCCUUCCUUGAGUAAAACCUCUGUCGGGGAGGGAGAUAGGCACCAUGAGUGAGCAAAAAAAGCUCGACGGAGUUCAGCUCCAAGAAGAACUCGGUGCUGUAACCCUCAAUGAAAAGAAGGAUGUUAGCGUAGACGCUUUUUCCGUGAAUGAAAACUCUGCCGCCCUCGACGCCAGCUCCGAUAAAGAGAACAUCUUAACCCCAGAUGGAGAGGAGCCAACAGAGCACGAAAAAGCUACUCUGCAACAUGUUGCUGAGAACCUCCCCUUCUCAGCAUGGCUCGUUGCGGGCGUCGAGCUCGCUGAGCGCUUCACCUACUACGGAAUGAACGGCUUGUUCCAAAAUUAUGUGCAGCGACCUUUCGACGGCAGUUUGGGUCGAGGUGCACUUGGCCUGGGUCGCCAGGGCGCAACCGGUCUGGUCACAUUUUUCCAAUUUUGGUGCUACGUGACACCUAUCUUUGGUGCUAUCGUUGCGGAUCAAUACCUGGGAAAAUACAUGGCCAUCUUCUGGUUUUGUAUCGUGUAUAUUGUCGGUCUUCUGAUCCUAACCCUAACAUCAAUCCCCAUCGCACUUGCAAAUGGUGCCGGCGUUGGUGGCUUUAUCGUGGCUAUCAUCAUUAUUGGCAUCGGCACUGGAGGCAUCAAAUCUAACGUAGCACCCUUAAUCGCGGACCAAUACACUCGAAAGAAAAUGGCCAUUAAGACCAACAAGAAGGGGCAGCGCGUUAUUAUUGAUCCCGCUCUGACCAUCCAGCGCAUUUACAUGGUAUUCUAUGCCUGUAUUAACCUUGGUUCGCUAUCUCUUCUCGCCACCCCUUUUAUGGAAAAAGAUAUUGGCUUCUGGUCUGCAUAUGUUCUCACGCUUUCUGUGUUCAUCGUUGGGACGGCUGUCUUGGUCCUCGGGCGUAGAUUUUAUAUCGUCCGCCCUCCAAAGGGAUCCAUCAUCACUGAUGCAUUUAGGGCUAUCUGGGUCAUGAUUAAGAACCGGAAUAUGGACGCCCCCAAGAACUCUUACCAGGCAGAGCAUGGUGGAGGCCGGACAUUCCCCUGGAACGACCACUUUAUUGACGAACUCAAGCGUGCGCUUGUUGCCUGUCAGGUGUUCGCCUUUUACCCUAUCUACUGGGUAGUGUAUGGCCAAUUCUCUGGGAACUUUGUAGCACAAGCCGGCCAAAUGGAAGGACACGGAAUUCCUAACGAUCUCAUGCAAAACUUUGACCCAAUCUCCAUCAUCGUCUUCAUCCCAAUUCUGGACCGCAUUGUAUACCCUAUUCUGCAACGUUUGCACAUCCCAUUCCUUCCCAUCAGCCGCAUCACCGUUGGAUUUAUUGUCGCUUCUUUGGCAAUGGGGUACGCAGCCAUCGUCCAGCACCUCAUCUACUCCACCGGGCCAUGCUACGAGCACCCGCACUGCGAGCUGUCGAUCGUCGACGGCGUCGCCAUGGGCAAUCAUGUGCACAUCGGCAUCCAAACACCAGCAUAUGUUCUCAUCGGUAUUUCCGAGAUCUUCGCCAGUGUCUCUGGUCUUGAGUACGCGUAUACCAAGGCGCCACCUUCCAUGAAGAGUUUCGUGCAGUCGAUGUAUCUCCUGACCAAUGCCUUCGGCUCGGCUAUUGGAGAAGCUUUAAUCCCAGCCGCUUAUGACCCGGCCGUCCUGUGGAUGUUUGUCGGCCUGUGUGGCGCAUCGUUCAUUGCUGGUAUCAUUUUCUGGUUCACGUUCCGGAAGCUUAAUGGCCAGGAGGCAGUGAUGAACGCUCUGGACCUUGAGCUGGAAGAGGAUGAAAAUACGGAUGAGAAGGCGGAGGCCAUGACUAUCACGGAAAUGCAGCACCAAUGAAGCUCUAUUUUUGUGGCUUGACAUUGCAGUAGCCGUCGAGGUGCUUUAAGCAUGACUUAGCAUAUAUAUAAACGUAUGUAUGAGGGGUGGUGUGCUAUGGUUAUGGGAUACAUGUCACCCCUUCUUUCUAUCAUUUUAUCCAAAAGGUGAAAGGGUGGGUGUGCGUGCGGGAUUUAUUUAAUAGCCCUUUUGCCUUGUUAUUUUGCUUUUUAAACUCAUUUAUAAGGUACUUUUCCGUACCCCCAAAAAAUUCGGCAUAUCGCAUCGUUCUGGUCUGCUGCCAUUAGAUGAUGCUCAUAUAGAUGAAAUUUCCACUUCUCGUAAAAAUAUCCCUUUUCGUUUCAAUCUAAGGUAGAUGAUUUAUCGCAGUAUGUGAUGUAUUCAAGAAGAGCAGGUAUGGCAGCCCAUAGUGACAAAUGGUGUGAGAUGUAGGGGAAGGUUGCAUCUGCUGCAGAUAUCAGACGACACGGUUGAAGCUACAGAGCAAUACCAUGCGUAGGUUACGGUUAGUUAGUACG